CCUGCAGAGAGCGACCGCCUGACCUCAAGCUGGCUGCAGAGCGAGGUCAGCCGGGACAACUGGGCAGGAACGCCCCAAGGGAGCGUUCGGGACUGGCGCGGGAAGGCGCGAGGGUGGGGAGCCGCGGACCCUAGACCCCUGCCUGCCCACCCCCCACCCACUGCCUUCCCGCUCCGGGCUCGGUUUCCACAGGCGAAUGGGCUCCGAGGUCCUGCUGCGCACAGUGCUGGAGGUCGGGCGGUGCAUGGCGAGAGCGCGCUUUGCAAAGUUCGCCUCAUGCCGCGACUUGAGGCUGUGAGGUCCGAUGCAGCCGCGCAGCCUCCGCUCCCUGCGAAGCCGAUCCUCUCCCCACACCCUCGCGGGGCUCUUGGCCAGGCGCGGGCGGGCUGCGCGGCGCAGCUGUCGGGCUCGUGCCACCCGCCAGGCCGCGCUUCUGCACAGCUCCGCGGUCCGCAGCGACGCGGACCUGGGCGCGCGUCCAGCCGCUGCCUCCCUGUCUCUUCUCGGGUUCACCUGAGAGAGGCCCAGGGACCCUCCGAGCCUCACACGCCCCCUCCCCAGCUCCCCAAACACACCUGCAGACAGGCUCUUUUGUCACCAGCCGGCCAAGCGCUUUGCCCCAGAAUGAGAGCUGCAGCAAAGUUCAAUCUCCAAGGCCCUGGGCCACUGGGAACCGUGGUGUCCCGUUUCACUGGGAGAGGGCUUUUUUCUUUUCUUUCGCUGAAGAGAAACUCGCUGCGCUGUCACAGGACACCGCUGCAAACCAAAAUAAACUGUUGCCUCUGAACACACAAAACAAAACCCUGUGGCUCAGGCCGCUGAGCUUCCUUGGCUGUGAAGUUUCCUGCAAAGAGUUGAAGGACACUCUGAG